AUGGCCACUGCUUCUAGACCAAGGUUGCUAUCACUCGACGCCUUUGCCAAGACGGUCGAUGAUGCAAGAAUAAGGACCACGUCAGGUGGGAUUAUCACCUUGCUUUGUGUGUUAAUCACCUUAGUCUUAAUUAGAAACGAAUACAUUGAUUAUACGACCGUGAUAACUCGUCCUGAACUCGUGGUUGAUCGUGAUAUCAACAAGCAGUUAGUCAUCAAUCUUGAUAUUUCAUUUAUCAACCUUCCUUGUGACAUGGCUCUGAUUGAUUUAUUAGACGAAACUGGGGAUAUGCAGUUGAAUAUUAUCAAUGCUGGUUUCCAAAAGCUUAGAUUAAUUAAAGACAAAGGUAAUAUUGUUCGUGAGAUUUCAGACGACACCCCUGCUUUGAAUUUGGAUAGACCAUUAAGUGAAGUUGUAAAGGGUUUACCAGAGGGUGGCGAUCCUAAGACUUGUGGAUCUUGUUAUGGUGCUCUUCCUCAAGAGAAGCACCAAUACUGUUGUAAUGAUUGUUAUAGUGUCAAGAGAGCCUAUGCCGAAAGAAGAUGGUCUUUUUUUGACGGUGAAAAUAUUGAGCAAUGUGAAAAAGAAGGUUAUGUUAAACGAUUACGUCAGAGAAUUAACGAUAACGAAGGUUGUAGAAUCAAAGGUUCAGCGAAAAUUAAUCGUGUUUCCGGUACUAUGGAUUUUGCACCAGGUGCUUCUUUCACAAGUGAUGGAAGACAUGUUCAUGAUGUUUCAUUAUAUGGCAAGUAUCAAGAUAAAUUCAACUUUGACCAUAUUAUAAAUCACUUGUCAUUCGGAUCAAAUGACGCCAGAGAAGAGAUCCUUAAUUCGGUUCAUCCUUUGGAUGGUUACCAAUUCAUGCUUCAUAAGAAGCACCAUGUUGCUUCAUACUAUUUGAAAGUUGUUGCUACUAGAUUUGAAUCUUUAGACCAAUCCAAGAGAUUGGAUACCAAUCAAUUCUCGGUAAUUACUCAUGAUAGACCAUUAACUGGAGGCAAGGAUGAAGACCACGAACACACCUUACAUGCUAGAGGUGGAAUCCCUGGAGUUGAAUUCCACUUUGAUAUCUCACCAUUGAAAAUAAUCAACAAAGAGCAAUACGCAAAGACUUGGUCAGGAUUUGUUUUGGGGGUUAUCAGUUCCAUUGCUGGUGUUCUUAUGGUUGGUACUCUUAUAGACAGGUCAGUCUAUGCGACCCAACAAGCAAUAAGAGGUAAAAAGGAUAUAUAA